UGGCAGUGGUGAAUACGUCCGCGUCAUCUUCAAUGUAUUUUCAACUCCAGCCCUGUUCAUUUCUAAAUCAUUGCGCACAUUCAGUGCAGACAAUGAAGGCUUCAAUCGAUCGGCUAACUCGCCCGUGAUUUCUCUCAGUAUUGGCCAAGGGAAAGUAGCAGCCUUGACCGAAUUCAUCAACUUUACCUUCACUACAAUAAUGUCUGGAUACGUGAAUCCUAUGUGUUCAUUCUGGGAUGAGGAGCAGGGAGAUUGGUCCCAAGAUGGAUGUGUUCUUGUUUCUGGAUUCACAACAUCUGAUGAGCGCUAUGAUGAGGAGAGUGUGCACUGUGCGUGUGAUCAUCUUACCAACUUCGCUGUUAUAAUGGAUAUCCAUAGACAGGAGGAUUCAUUAAUCGAGGCUUACAACAUCCUGACUUACAUUGGAUGCUGUAUUUCUAUCUUCAGUCUUCUUGUCACAUUGGCAACCUACCUGUGGAACAAGGAUUUGAGGUCAAAACAGGCUAACCGGAUCUUCAUCUGUCUGUGCCUGACCUUGAUGUGUCUCUACACGACAUUUGUCAUCAUGAUCUCUCUGGAUUCUAUCAGAGAUUAUCGUGAGGUCCAAGCUGGACCCUGUGGCUUCCUGACGGCUCUAGUUCACUUCUUCGUUUUGUCCUCAAUUGCAUGGAUGGGUGUGGAAGGGUACAAUACUUACCUCAUUAUUGUGAAGAUCUUUAACACCUACAUCCAGAAUUUUAUGAUCAAGGCUUUCUUAGCUGCAUGGGGAAUUCCAGCACUUAUCGUGGUUCUUACAGGAGCUAUUGCUAGAGACUCGUAUGCUCAUGAUGAUCUAUGCUUUCUACAAUUUUGGGCUCAAAUCGGUGGUCUCCUGAUUCCCAUAUCCAUCAUCCUCCUCAUCAACAUUGUCAUCUUCAUCCUGGUGGUUCGACAAUUGAUCCGGUCAGCCAACAUCGCUGGUCGGGUAAAAAGAGAAGCUAAGGCAGAACGUCGAGAGACUAUCGAACGCGUCCAGAACGCGAUCUGCAUCUUGCUCCUGCUUGGUCUGACCUGGGUCACCGGAUAUCUUCUUUUGAUCCCGUUAUUCAGUCAGGUGGCUCAGCCAAUCUUCGUCGUCCUUAACUCCUUCCAAGGAUUGUUCAUCUUUCUACUCUACUGCGUCCGGAAGCCUCACAUCCGUAAGAAAUGGGGGCUAAUUUGUUUCGACAGGUUCCUAAAGAAAAAAGCAAGCACUUCCAGCGGUGGGGUAAGCUCGACGGCGCUAUCAUCGUCAGCUGGCAUGAUUAGCAAUUUGCAUCCAGGAGCCUCGGGUAAUUGCUUGUUGCCUACCAAAGACGACAAACCCGAUCCUAUAUGUAUGUUCAAUCCGACCUUUGAUGUUAGCCAGGUUGAGGAAGGGGUCACACCACCUAUGAACAAAGAUCUCCAAAGUUCCACCGAAGAACAGAAGAAGGACGCGGAUCGUGAUGCAACAAGCACAGAUAUCGUGACGGCCAGUCUCCCUCUUGAUGCAUCUGUCACAAAGGCCACUAAUAGAGGUGAUGUUGCUUCCACCAACAAGUGAUGCCGCCCUCAAUUUUCCAAUCGAUUUAACGGAUGUCAGCAAAGAAAAAUAGAGCAGUGACAUAGAUGCCAGUGGCACCACCGAUUUUGGUUUUGACUAUAGCGCUGUAUUCAUUCUUAUUUGAUUUUUGAAAAUUGUAAACGGCUGACCACUAGACCACAAUAACCCCCCCCCCCCCUAUCCCCUUCCCCGAGCUUUUUGCAAUUACCAAUAUUCCGUCACUACAUAUUCGGGCAACCAGGUGAAUGUAAUAUCUUGUCAUCUUUAUUAUAUUUCAAUGACGAAAUUAUAUAUGUAUAUUUAUAUAUACCUUAUCGAUGUAUUCAUGAUCAGAUGAUUUUUUUUAUAAAUAAUACGUUGUGGUGUAUUACUCAGAGAAGAGCUCUUCCAUUGUUGAAAAAUGUUUAAUGAUGAUGAUGCUGGUACGAUGGUUUUUUAUCAAUUCAUUUUAAUCAUUUCUAAUCAUGAUAUGAUAUAUAUAAUUUAUGUAUAUUGCGAAUGGAAAUUAGAUAAUAAUGGUUGCGUAAUCCAAGGUUCCCAUUGCUGUCCUCUGUUUUGAUUUUUGUUUGCAAAGGUUGAACAAAUUAUCUCCGCCGGGAAUCGAACCGGGUCACUGGCUGAGAACGCUAAUGCCUUAAUCACUAGACCACAUCGAACCCCCAUCCCCCUUCCCAGAUCAUUUAGAAAUUACUUAUAGCCCGUUACCACAUAUUCGGGCAACCAGGUGUUUUUUAUUUGUUAUCAUCUUUAUCAUAUUUCAGUGACGAAAUUUUAUAUGUACAUUUAUAUGUACCUUAUCGAUGCAUUCAUGAUCAGAUGAUAUUUUAUUUUGUAAUUAAAUUUUGUGGUGUAUUACUCAGAGAAGAGGUAUUUUCAUUGUUAAAAAAAAGUAUAAUGAUGAUAAUGAUGGUACGAUGGGUUUUUCUCAAUUCAUUUUAGUAUUUUUUAGUCAUGACAUGAUAUAUAUCUGUAUAUUGCGAAUGGAAAUUAGAUAAUAAUGGUUGCGUAGCUUAAAUCCAAUGUCCACUUUGCUGCCCUCUUUUUUGUUUUCUUCUUUUUUUGCAAAGGUUGAACAAAUUGUCUCCGCCGGGAAUCGAACCGUGUCACUGGCAGAGAAUGACAAUGCCUUAAUCACUAGACCACAAAGACGGGCCAGUGGCUCCGGCGAUACCAGAUAUAAUUGACCGACAGAUUUUGGCAAAUCUGGUGGGGAAAAACAUAUAUACAUGUGCGGUGGUUGACGAAAAAUAGACAAGUGAAAAGAAAUAAUGUAAAAGCCGUAGGAGAUACAAAAUAUACUAAUUUUUGGAUUUAAACCUUUGUCAAGUUCUUGAAGUUACCUUGUUGUUCCAUGAUUAUACUGUGUAUAUAGUUUUAAGUGCUUCAUAAUCUUAAGCAUUUUAGUCGAAAUUUAUAUCACCAUAUUUUACUCAGAAAAACGUCCUUUAUUGUAGAUUAUUUUUGUUGUAUUAUUUAGCGAUUUUGAUAAAGCAUAAACUUCAUUGUUCAUGGUGUCCAUGAAAACAGGAGACCCAAGUUUAUCGUUAAAUUACUCAAUAAUCCUGACAUGAUUACUUUUAUUAAAUGUACACAUCACAGAAAAGCUAAUAAAUAAAUAUAUAAUUUACCUUCAUAGAACGCUCAAGGGUAAUUGUCUUUUAACCCUUUACAUAAUAACUUACACGAAAACAUGACAGGAAUGUUCGUAUAGAAAUACAAAUGUAAGACAGAAAUAUAUAGGUGCAAAUGCACGCAGACAAAUUUACAUACGAUAACAUUAAUAAUCACAGGAGAAAUAAUUGUUUAAUUAACUAUGUUAAAAAUUAGGUAUUUAGGCUAAAACAACUAUCAUAGACUCAUUUUGUUUUCUGUCAGUGUCAGUUCAGACUUAAAUCAGUCGUAUGUGAUGUAAUGAUCAUAAUUUCUUGUUGUCAUAUGAUAGAAAGGAAAAGGAGCUUUUCAGCGAUUUAUACAUUAAGGAUAAAAAAUAAUUUAGGAUUAUUGAGUAAUUUACGAAUAUAAGCUUGGGUUUCUAUUUUCAGGUACACCAUGUAUUGUAGCUCGUUUCAAUGUUGGAUUGCUUAUUUACUGCUGAUACAAAGCAUGGCAAAUCAAAACAUUACUUUAAUUAUCAUUUAUAUUAUCGUGCGCAACAAGAAAAAUAUACAGGCAAGAUUAGUAAUAAAGCAAAUGGUGGCGUGGAAA